AUGCCACGGCCGAUUCAUCGGAUCAUGUGGGAAAGCAUCCUUUAUCAAGUAUUUCGGCAAACCGUCAAUCGGCCCUUUGCAGUGGACUUCCAGCCUGAUUUUGAGUUCUGUACACGGGCAGAAGAGACGCUGCAGUCCUUGACGUUCCCAGAUGCCUCGCCAGCCGAUAACAGUCCAGUAAUCGGUUUCCCUUUGGCACUUCAAAAACUGAUUAUCGAGAUUGUCCAACUAUGCAAAAGCCCGGCGAAACCUGAGCCCGACUCACUGGAGGCUCUCGGGCGCAGAAUGUCAUACUGGGAGAAGACAAUCCUAGGGGAGGGACACUGCAUCAAGGAAGAAGACUCGUGGUCGGCCAAAACACCGGCUGAACGGGCUCGCAGCUUCCAUCAACACUCGACGAGCUUGCACAUUCUCGCAGCAUCCCUUCUCCUGGACUGGGUCUCCAGAUCACAUGAGGUGUACGAGACUGAAUCUCCUCUUCCGCCUGCAGGUGAUACAUGGCAGGUUCGCAGAGGACUGGAGAUUAUGCAGUGUCCACAAGCUAAUGAGGAGUGGUCGAGGUGUUACCUGGGAUCGUGGCCGACCUUGAUAUUUGGGUAUGCUGUCGACAAGCCCGAGGACAUUGCACUGAUCCGACAAGACUUGAGACAACGAUUUCAGAAGCUGUAUUCGGGGGAGGAAUUGCUCUUCUUGGAGGAGCUGGAGUCAGUCUGGCGUGCCAGGGGGGUUUCAGGGCUGGAAGAGUGA